UUUUAUUUUCUUCUCUUUGCUGCUUUAAAAUGCUGCUUUCUUUGUUUUACUUAAAGAAUUUUUGAAAACAAAUGUGUUUUAUCUCUUUCCAACUAAUAGAACAUGUUUUGAUCACGCAGUAAUCAUUCGUCUAUCAGCUGGUGUUCACGUGAACACUAUACACACAUUUUAUAGCACAGACAUGCAGUAAACGAGUGAUACUUCAUUGCUAAAAACAAAUACAAACGUUGCAUGUGCACAUUCACAAGCGCAUACACAUCUAUAAGUCAUAGAAAGACAAACGACCUAGGCAUCGCAUGCAUGAAAUACAGUGAGCUCUAUGUGUUUGUGUUUAUGUGAAUUUGUUGUUCUUGUAGAUGAUGUAUAAAUGAUGUUUGGUGUUGCUGGUCGCGUAUGAAAUCAUUAUUAUUAUAAAAAAAAAAAAAUUGGGGGAACGGCAAUCAUUACGGAUGUGCAUGCACAGAAGCAGACACACACAUUUAUACAUGACUGCACCCAGGCCUUAAUAAGCAAUAGUAUUGGAAUAUUUUUAUACAUAAAUAUAUAGAUAUUUACACUUACGUCUAGGUUCAUAGAAAUAUGGACGUGAAAUAUGCAUAUAUAUGUUUACGUCUACUUUUAUAGAGAGGGCCUUGAUAACUGACGUCGUCAACUAGUUUUAUAACCCUAAGUCUCAAUUGUAACGUUUGUGUCAUACAUUUACCUAUAGGUUUACGAUUGUUGGCUCUACCUCUCCAUCAAUAUAAAGCAAAAGCAAAAGCAAAUUCAGAAAAAAAGACGGAGUAGUUUCAUGCGCGUGCAUAUACACAUUCAUGUAGUGUUUCAUUUUACAACUUUACUGAGAGCACAAACCACAAUAUAACAACAACAAUAGCUAAGCAUCACCACCGAGCCCAUAUGAAAUGCCUUUACGUAGCUGUUAUUAUUAUUAUAGCACUUACAUGCAUAGAGAAAUGCAUGCCUGGGUGUGUUUGCGCGUUAUUUUGUAUUCAUUUAUUUAUCUCUUUUUUACUUUAAAAAUAAACAAUAUUAGCUCGUGUAUGACGUAGACCUUUGUAUUUAUAAAAUCAUGCAUUUGACGCGUGUUGUUUAUGUCUGUUUUGUUUUUUUCUGCAUGCGAAGAGAAAGACCUGUUUUGCUGGCGGAUAGGGGGUAGGGCCUUAUACAUACAGUAUAUAGUUACUAUUGUGUUUGUUGCUUUCUCACACAGUUUAUUUAUUUUCAAACUUUCUUAUAAUAAAAACCAUUAGAAUUACGUUGAUUUUUCUGAAGACCUGGUAAAAAUGUGCAUUGGCUCAUCAAGUGUUCAACAAUUGGACGAAAAGCUGCUCAAGGUGAAAUUGCAGUUUAAAUUGCAAGCGAACGGUAUUAUUACCCCACAGCCCUCGGACACUGAGGAUGAUGGGGACGCAGCAACGGCAUUAUCGGUGCCUGCGGCUAAGAAACCACGCUUAGAUGAACCAGUAGCCGAGCAUCAGACCCAAUCAAAAUUACCCAACCAAGAGCAACAGCAGCAGCAACAACAAAGAGCCAGUGUUAUAAUGCAUGUAAACAGCUCCGGGGUAUGUUCCAGUUUGGAUGAAAAUUCAUGCUCAUCACUUCUAUCAUCAACGUUACAAAGCACAACGUCUAACAGCUCUUGCUCAAAUACGACGGACGAUGAUUCCACGGAAACGAAUGUAUGGCGCAGUUUGAAAUUUAAAAUGAAUCGUAAACGUACGUAUACCGAGAAUUCCGAUCCUGAACAAAAAUUACAAUCAAUGCAAACACAACAAAAGCCUAGAAAAACUGAUGACAACAUAACGGAAAUUAAAACUUCCGUUAUAACCACAGAAGUAUUAAAUAACCAAAGAAACGCUGACGACAAUAGCUUAGCGAGUAAAGCUAUACCAACAUCAACAGCAAGUGGAUCAGUUCAAAAUCCCUUCCAAUUUACAUUGCCAGACAAUACAAAUGGACGACCUUGUUCGAUUGGCCAAUCGUUUCAAGUUAUAGCACCAAAAACGACAUUUUUAGAGGCAACGGUUCAAUGCCCGACGGCAACGCCUGCAUCGUUAAUACCCUCACAAUUCCUGUUAUUACAUCCGAAUGUAUUACUGCAAAGCUUAGCUAGCAAACCUUUAAAUACUACUACAGUUACUACCGACACCUCCACUACACCAAAUGCAGCGAAAUCGAAUAGCUCGCAGGCAUCGAGCGAGCGUAAACGUAUUUAUGAAUGCAAUCAUCCCGAUUGCGGUAAAAACUAUUUCAAAUCCAGCCACUUAAAGGCCCAUCAGAGGGUGCAUACGGGAGAAAGACCUUUCAUUUGCAAAUGGGAAAAUUGUGAUAAACGAUUUUCCCGUUCGGAUGAACUCUCCCGCCACAAGCGCACUCACACAGGAGAAAAGAAAUUUGUUUGCGGUGUUUGCGAUAAAAAAUUUAUGCGUAGCGAUCAUUUAUCUAAGCAUGUGAAACGUCAUACGUCCAAGCGUCCUGAGUGUGCACGUAACACAUCAACUAAUUAUGGAAAUGUUGGUUCACUUGCAUUGGAAGAAAAUAAUACCAGCUCUUCAGCAUCGUCGCCAAGCCAAAUGUUACAUCAUUUAAGACCGAUAGCGCCAGCCAAUAGUAAUCCUGGUUUACAAAUGCCCAUAUCCAGCCUACAAAAACAACAAUCACAAAUAAAACCUUUACAAGUUCCCUUAAAAAUCGAUUUUACUACCGCGGAACUGUUAAGUAUGCAACAGGUAGCCACUCUUACACAAAAUCUUCUUACCAAUCUAUAAGCAAUAAAGAACAAUUUGUUUAG